AUGUCCCUGGCGCUCAAGGCCCGGCAGCGGGCGAGGCGCAAGGGCGGCUCCCGGGAGCGGCUCUUCGGCUGCGACCUCCGCGAGCACCUGCAGCGCUCGGGGCAGGACGUGCCGCAGGUGCUCCGGAGCUGCACGGAGUUCGUGGAGCAGCACGGGGUGGUCGAUGGCAUCUACCGGCUGUCCGGGGUGUCCUCCAACAUCCAGCGGCUGCGCCAGGAGUUCGAGGCGCAGCGCAGCCCGGACCUGUCGCGGGACGUUUACCUGCAGGACGUUCACUGCGUCAGCUCCCUGUGCAAGGCCUACUGCCGCGAGCUGCCCAACCCGCUGCUCACCUACCAGCUCUACGACAAGUUCGCCGACGCGGUGGCCGUGCAGAUGGAGGAGGCUCGGCUGGUGAAGAUCAAGGAGGUGCUCAAGGAGCUGCCGGUGCCUCACUACAGGACGCUGGAGUUCCUGAUGCGGCACCUGCUGCGCAUGGCCGGGCACAGCGGCCGCACCAACAUGCACGCGCGGAACCUGGCCAUCGUGUGGGCGCCCAACCUGCUGCGGUGA